AUGUCUUUUACGAUUGUUGAUCUUGGAGUGACUAGAAUUAAAACUACUGUUACAAGAGAAACCAGCGAUAUCAACCGUCUUGUCAAGACAUUCUUGUCAAACAACCGUAAUAGGAAAAAAAUCAUUGGUCUCGACACAGAACGAGCGAGACAGGGAAUUAGGGAAACUAAAACCGUCUUGCUCCAGCUUUGCGAUGGAGACAAUUGCCUAAUGGUUCAGCUUCCCUCUAAUGAUCUUAAUCUUCCUCUCUCGCUCUUCAAUUUUCUCAACUUUCCUGAUUUCACUUUUGUGGGGAUUAGCAUAAACAAGUCUCUUAACAUGCUGUAUAGUGAGUUUGGUUUGACCUGUAAGAAUGUUGUUGAGAUCGGACGCCCCACGCCGGAUCUGAUGACCGACGAGAUGGCUGAUAUUAUUCAGAAGGCACAAACAAGCACCGUCUUGAACGACUGGAGCUCAUGGGAUCUCAAUAAGAACCAGAUUAAGCUCGCAGUUUCAAAUGCUUACUUGGCUUUUGGCAUGGGGAACAUUCUUUUGGCUUACUGA